CAAGAAAUUUCCCUGCCCUGGGCAGGCUUCUGGUGGGUGGAGAAGGGAGGGCUCUCCCCACGCUGUGGUCUCACCAGUGUCUCGGGCCUCUGGGGUGCCCCAGCUUUGACAGUGAGAAGGCUGGGGACCGGGAGGUGCAGAGGACAAUGCUGGAGCUUCUGAACCAGCUGGAUGGCUUCCAGCCCAACACACAAGUAAAGGUCAUUGCAGCCACUAACAGGGUGGACAUCCUGGACCCUGCCCUGCUCCGCUCAGGCCGACUGGACCGCAAGAUCGAGUUCCCAAUGCCCAAUGAGGAGGCCCGGGCCAGAAUCAUGCAGAUCCAUUCCCGAAAGAUGAAUGUCAGUCCUGAUGUGAACUACGAGGAGCUGGCUCGCUGUACGGAUGACUUCAAUGGGGCCCAGUGCAAGGCCGUGUGUGUGGAGGCGGGCAUGAUCGCACUGCGCAGGGGUGCCACGGAGCUCACCCACGAGGACUACAUGGAGGGCAUCCUCGAGGUGCAGGCCAAGAAGAAAGCCAAUCUGCAGUACUACGCCUAGGGGCACCCCCAGACCUGCCCCUGGUCUCCUGCUGGUUAAAGUUUGUAAUAAAAGAUGGCUUUGGGUCCCUGCCA